AUGAACGAGAAGUCUUCCGGGGGUGUCCUUCAUUUCUGGACAGAGAUCGAAAAAAGGCAAUAUGAAGACAAUAUUGAAAAAGAAUCGGUUUAUGAUUCCAUCAAAGAUUCAAAAGAUGCAAGAACGUUUUUAUCCGAUAAAUUGAAGUCAUUUGUAAAGGAACAUGCUAGGAAGCGAAAUCAUACAAGUAUUAAAAAGUUGGAUCACAUGGAAGAUUCUCAAGGUCGUAAAGAGUCCUAUGAAUCAAAUCCUGAUUUGCACACACCGGAUCCCAAGAAGGUCGGUCAGACUAGGACUAAUUUAUGUUCAUUUCUCAUUAUUUUAUACCUUAAAAAAUGGAGAUUGCCUUUCAGAUCGAUACUAUAG